AUGCCCUCGAGGUGGCGGCGAUGGGGGAGUGGCGUGCUCCUGGUCAGCCUGCUUGCCUAUGCGCCCGUCGUUCUGACAAAGGUGAUUCUGUAUGCAUAUCCUACGCAAAUGGGCAUGCGAGCGGGUCUCGCUGCGUUUUUGUGGAGCAUGACAGCAUGGUCCUUGGUCACGGUCCUAGCUCGGCCGUCGGUGUACACGCCGACAGAACCGUUGCCUGUGUGCGUUACAGUCAAGAGAUCUAAUGGUGCGCCUCGGUGGUGCUCAAAGUGUGAGUCGCCUAAGCCUGACCGGUGUCAUCACUGCCGAUUUUGCCGGCGUUGUAUCGUCCGGAUGGAUCACCAUUGUCCAUGGCUGAUGGAUACUUGUAUUGGCCAGCGCAACUACAAGGCAUUCGUACUGCUGCUACUGUAUGCAUCACUCUUUUGUAUAUAUGCACUCGAGACGACCGUGCGUGCCUGCAUCUCGCUGCGUAUCAUCAACAUGCCCACGACCUGGAUCGUUCUACUUACCUUAGUGCUAUUCUUAUCGCUUGUUCUCACGCCUUUUCUUGGAUUUCACGUAUAUUUGAUGACGCAUAAUAUGACGACGCUCGAGUUUAUCGAGGGCAUGUCCCAUGUCCGGCACAAGACAUCGGAGAACGAGACCCGGGCACAGCUGCAGCGAUUGUUACCCCACACCCUGUCUCGGCGCUAUUAUGUGUACCAUGUAGGUGCGCUGGCUAAUAUAAGACAGGCCCUCGGCCGCUGCGUACUCCUAUGGUGGCUCCCUAUCGGUGGCCCGGCGCUAGACCUGACCUAUCCCAUCAACGAGGCCGAAUUUCAUGCGAUGCAGGCCGAGCUUCAGUCGCGAGACGCCUCAGGCGCACCAAUGGAGUGA